AUGAUAGCUUUCACAGAUGUAACGAGGAUGAAUACAAAAAAAACUUUUAUCAGUAGAAUGAGAAAGUUCACGCCUUUCCAAACCUAUCGAUUUUAUGCAAGAAUGAUAGAUAAUGAUGACUUGGAGUUAGCAAGGAGAUCGAAUCAAAGUAAUGAACCACUAAAAGAUUUACAAUGGCCCGGCAUGAAAUAUCCCACCCCUUAUGAAAUAUUUGGACUAAAUACAAAUAUAACAUCUCGUUUAACCAAUGAUCAAUUAAGAGAAUUAAAGAAAAAAUACCAUAAAUAUGUGAAAAUAUACCACCCAGAUCUUUCUCUCUCAAGAGAUAUACUAGAUCCAAUUAUAACCGGUAAAAUCUUGACGAUGGAAGAGAAAGUCAAUAGAUUCAAGGUAAUAUCACAGGCUUAUGACAUAUUGACUAAUCAGCACAAAAAAAGAUUAUAUGAUUUAAAUAGAUCAAACUGGUCUCAUGGUACACCAUCAAGUAAUGACUUGAACGAUCUCUUUCGAUCUAGAAAUUUCUCAUCGGAUGAUACUUCUAGAUAUUGGCAUGCAGGGACAUGGGAAGAUAUGAAUGAAUUUAACGAAAGAAAUAAAAAUGGCGAGGACGAUUCAACCGAACAAAUAAAAUACGUGAUUUUUUGGGCUAUCGGUAUGUUGAUAUGUAUCGAGGGAAGUGUUCUAUUGAGUAAGAUAGAAAAUUCUUUGGUCGGAAAAGUAGACUAUGGCAUUACAGAAGAUGAUGUAGAAAAAGGUUUAUACAGUUCUUACGAAAAUUAUGGAUUAGAUGACGACAAAUUAUCAAGGAUUAAAAGAUUUUUAUGGUUCAGAUCAUGGGGGCUCUACACCAAUCAGGAUGAACUAGACAGAGAAGCAAAGGCAAACGAAACUUUAUUGAAUUCAAUUUCUGAUCCUGAAACUGGAGAAUUAAUUAAUGUAAAUAAGAAAGACAAGGAUGUGCCAGAUAGUACAGACGAAAAGAUAUCUGAAGAUGCCAUAAAAUGA